AUGCCCGACGAUUCCAUACGCCCUCUGAUAACUGCCCGCUCCAUCUCACCUGCUCCGACAUUUCCAACUCGCGAUACAUUCGAUACUAUGGAUCUCGCCGGCGGUAACGUGGUGAGGAAGGGCAAGCUUUCUUGGGUUGUUGCGCUGUCCUACGCUAUCGACUGGAUCAUUCUCAUCGCCGUUGGCGUCGUUGGAUACAUUUUAGGUCAUAUUACACCAAACAAGCGGCCGUUCGCGCUCGACGACCGCAAUAUUUCAUUUCCCUAUGCCGAACAAGAAACAGUGCCAGUAUGGCUCGCGGUUGUCAUCAGCGUCAUGUGCCCGAUUGUCAUCAUCGCCGUCAUCUGCCUCGUUUUCGUGCCCGGUUCCACCGUCCCCCGAGGAACACCCAAGUCGUUAAUAUGGCAGCGCAAGCUCUGGGAGCUGCACCAAGGCUGGUUGGGUUUGGCUCUAUCUGUUAUGGCAGCUUGGAUCAUCACCAAUGGCAUGAAGAACUUGUUCGGAAAGCCGCGUCCGGAUCUUCUUGACCGGUGCCAGCCAGACAUGGAGAACCUCAAGGAUUAUAUCAUUGGCGGGCUGCUCAGAUUGAAUAGCUCAUUGACUCCAGGCCACAUCCUCGGUCCUGGCACCCUCGUGAGCCCCAACAUUUGCACGAAUCCAGACAAGGCUGUGUUGGACGAUGGCUUUAGGAGCUACCCUAGCGGCCAUUCUAGUUCAGCCUCAGCUGGUCUCGUUUACCUCUCCCUUUUCAUUGCGAGCAAGUUCGCGAUAACAAUCCCGUUCUUCUCCACUUCAGGCUCGUCGGCCGAUCACGAAACCACCGCCGCCGCCUUCCCCUCCAGAACCCGCAUUCCCAGCGUCAAGGUCAGCGGUCCGGAUUCGUAUGAGCUUUCCAACCGCAGCCCCUCAGCCCUCACCAACUCCAUCGAAGACCCGGCCCUCUUAUCCAAAGGCGUGACGGCAACGAACCGAAAGAUAGCAGCAGUCCGCCGUCAGGCCGCGGCGCCACCUCUGUAUCUCCUCCUGGUAGCCAUCAUCCCCUUCUUCGCAUCAGUCUACAUUGCCGGCUCCCGCUGGUGGGAUUUCAGGCACCACGCCUUCGACAUCCUCUUUGGCUACCUCAUCGGCCUCGUCGGCGCCAUCUUCGCCUUUAGGUAUUACCACCUCCCCAUCUCGCGCGGUGCGGGCUGGGCAUGGGGACCCCGCAGCCACGACAAGGCCUUUUGGGCUGGUGUGGGAAGCUACAGCUAUGCCACGAGCCGCACGCGCGGCACGUACCGCUCGGGCGACGAGGAGGAGGCCCUGGGCGCGCCUAUCGAGCCGUACGGACGGGGAAGCGGCAUGAGCAGUGUCGCUCCUGUGGCGCCGAGAAAGGGCGGGUCGCAAGGGAUGGACGCGAGGGACGAGGAUACGUCAUAUACCGGGGCUUCGGGGAACGAUCACAGCCCUGAGCCACAUGCGAGAUGA